AUAUUUCAAUUCCUUUACCUUUCUGUGACAAAUUAAACAAAGUUUCAUGAACCCACUCUGACUCAGAAUUACUGUUAUAUUCAUUACCAUACAGUGUUUACAUCUUUACAUUGUCCUUAAAUGGAAAAAUAGCAACAUGCAAAAAAUAAAAAUACAAUCCAGCAGAGGUCUGAAGUUUUGAGGCAUACAGAAAUCUUAUUUUUCAAAUCUUGAUGUUUCGGAUUAAAGUUCAACAAAAUGAGCUUAACCACAAAAGUCUUGGUCAAACUUUGAACUGCCAAGUUUCUGAAAUGUGCUAUUCAAAUAAACUUGACUUAUAAAUCGUAUAUUUCUCAAUAAAAACACUUGUGAUGUAUUGAAUGUUCCUUGAUGAACGUCAAUGUAUGCCAGGGAAAUAUUUGAUAAAAACUUAGAUAUUGCAAACUACAACAAAUUAGUGGAUAAUACAAAAUAUAGCUUUUGUCUCCCUCUAGUGGUGAUAGACCAGAAUCAUCAGACGGCAAGAAAUUAAAGUGAAUUUUUGUUUUAAAAAUUCUCCACAAAACAUCUUAGGAACAAAAUGAACAUAUGAAAGUGUAUGCAUAUUUCAUGCAUAUAACUCUGAAAAUCCAAGAGCGGUAUUAAACAUUAACAGUUUCAUUUUAGUUACAUUCACCAUCUAACAUGAGAAAUUGUAUUUGAUUUUUCUUCAAUUUAACAUAUUUGUUAAAAUAUGUUGCUAUGUCAUCACAGUAUCAGGAGGCAAAUAAUCUGAUAAAAAAAAUAAUAAAGCUCCUCUCCCUUCUUCAAGUGCUAAAUGCAGAAAUACACAGCUCUGUCAAAACCAACCAAUAAGAGCCAGGGGGAGGGUGUUAUCGCUGUCAAUUAUCCUCAUGUACGGCCUGCUCACACCCUCUCUGAUACAUGGAGGAUCAAUGAUCCAUGGAACAUUUCUUUUCUGGAGUGACCUUUCCAGAAAGUUUGAGACUAUAAGCUGGAAAGUUGGGUCUGUGCUAAGAAACUAAAAGAUUUAAAUAAACUCAAAGAUUUUACCAUGAAAAGGUAUUAAAUGUCCCGGUAGUUGCAAAAACUGUGGUCACGAUAUCACUUACUAAGGGAUGUUUCAUCAAAGAUCAGUCAAAACCAAACUGGCGGCGUUCCCAGUUAAAGCAACUCAUGACGCCCUCUUUAUCCGUUUAAAAUGCACAAACAAUUAGGAACCAGGAAAACUCUGACCUCUGAGGAAGCAGUACAGUCGGUUGGCCCUGCUGUUCUACGAUUUGCUCUCUGACUGUUGGCUGCAUGUUUAGCCAGGUAAUCACCUGCUAAGCCUCUCUAAAGGUGACAGGGCACAGAGAAGGACAGAAAUCAUGUCUGACAGGAGUCUCUGAAAUCAUUUACGACCAAGACGGACCGAGAAGCGCUCUGCUCCUGCAUCUCAGCUCCCUGUCGUUUUCCCGGCACUUAGGUUAGAGAUUCGACAAGCAUGUCCAAAGCAGCAGACAGGACCUCUUCCACAACGUCCGCCGAUUCAGCCUUAGGAGACGGCAAAGAUGGCGGCUCUAAAACUAGCACAGCCACAAACUCCCCAUCGGGUUCAGUUUCUGAGACACCAAAGAAAUCCUCAAAGAAGGCCAAGAAAAACACAGAGAGCAUGAACAAAGUCUACAACUCCAUCCUCAACAGUGUUUUUGGGGCCGACAGAGACCUCGCUCAGGCGGAAAUAGACGAGUUGCAGGAAGCCUUCAAAGAGUUCGACUACGACCAGGACGGCUAUCUGAACUACAAAGACGUGGCUGAAUGCAUGAGGACCAUGGGAUACAUGCCCACCGAGAUGGAGCUGCUGGAGAUCGUACAACAGAUCAAGAUGAGAAUGGGCGGGUUAAUGGACUUUGAAGAUUUUACCGAAUUGAUGGGACCGAGGAUGAUGGGAGAAACCACAAACAUGCUGGGACUCAAGGAACUCCAGUCAGCGUUUUUACAGUUUGACUUGGAUGGAGAUGGAAAGAUAAACCAGGACGAGAUGAAAGAAGCUCUGAAAAGUCUUCUGGGGGAGAAGCUGAAGAAGGGAGAGCUGGAGGAGAUCCUGAAGGAGCUGGACGUUAAUGCAGACGGAAGCAUCGACUUUGAAGGUGGGAGGUCAUCAAACUUUCCAUUUUCCAUCAGAGCUGGUCGAGGACACAAUUCUGACUCCGUGUUUUGUUCUGUUUCAUUUUCAGAGUUUGUGAUGAUGCUUUCUAUUCACUGAAAUCGCAAAGCAACAUCUACUUGGGCUUAU